AAGAGAAAAAUUGGAGAGGAGUCGCUACAACAAUACGUCCCUCGUUUCGACGCGAUGGACCGUCGUCGAGUCGUCGACACAUAGUUCCAUUCUACUUUGAUGUGGCGAACAACAAAGAUGACCGAUUUCAAGGACGUCGCUUCCAUGAACGCCGCGAGAAAUCCUGUCCCUUAUCCUUCUCUGAUCGCAUACGGAAAUAAAAGCGUAGAAUUGGGAAUCAUGAAGGACGCAAUAAAUAUGUACCAGGACAGUUUUCUGGAGAGAGAAAAGAUACUGGAGGAAGAAAAACGAAAGCUGGAGGAAUUAAAUUAUCAAGUGUGGUCGCUGGAGGAUUCGUUGUGCGAACAGAUAUGGCAAUUCUCGCGCGAACAUGAUUUCUCUGCUAUCUUUCAAUAUCACCCCUUCGUUAUUGACUGUGCAAAGCAAAGAAGCAACUGUAAAGAUGGUACAGUUACGGAAAGGAACUCCGAGCUGAUUGAUCUCACGAACGAAAUCGAAGUUAUCGAAGCGGAAAUGAUUGAUCUUAAUCAGGGAGAGGACGUCAAACGAGAGGUGGAAAGCGCCUUAACGAAAUUACGAAAGUUGCAACUGACUUCGGAUAAUAUUACAGAAUUACUGAGACUGAUACGUCCCUCAGAGUCUUUGUGCAAACGCGUAACGAUAUCGAUGCCGAUAUACGACGAAAUAAUUCCUAAUGAUAUAAAUAAAAUCAAACGAUAUAAGAAUGAUCCAGGCCACGCAAAACAAGUGGAGACCAACAAAUUGGAUGUUACGCCUAAGAAGAAAUUAGUACUUACGACUCCUACGAAUUAUCCUCAGUUGUCCCUUGAAAGAAGUAUUAUGUUCACUUCGAAUACGUUCACGAGCAACGAGAAGUUCAAAAAUUUUACUCUAAAGAAACGCAGCAAGAUUUCCAUCAGAUUUCAAGAGUACCGUGAGCAUAAGCAAUAAUUAUUAUUAACAAUCAAGACAAGUAUAUUCGCACAUAUUCGAUGUUUAAAGAUGACCAAAGAAUUUGAUUUCCAAUAUAGAUAUUACAAAUUUAUUAUAAUAUAAAAUAAAAAGUCAUUAUAACGA